GGCAACGUCACAUGAUUGCGGCUGAACCAACCGGAAGCAGCCGCAUGAGAGCAGCCGGUGAAAAUGUUUACGUUCAGUUUAACUCUCGUACGACAUGGGGAAACUCAGUACAACAGGGACAAGCUGCUGCAAGGUCAAGGUGUGGACACGCCCUUGUCAGAAACAGGUUUGCAGCAGGGUGAGGCGGUGGGACAAUACCUCAAAGACAUCAAAUUCAACAAUGUGUAUGUCAGUAAUCUACAACGAGCCAUACAGACAGCUGAAAUAAUUCUGAGAAACAACACUCACUGUUCUGGCACGGAGAUGGUCCUGGAGCCAUUACUCAGAGAGAGGGGUUUUGGUGUUGCUGAAGGACGUCCCAAAGAGGAUCUGAAGAACAUGGCCAACGCUGCUGGGCAGUCAUGUCAUGACUACACUCCUCCAGGAGGCGAGACUUUAGACCAGGUGAAGCUGCGAUUCAAAAAAUUCCUCAAAGUCCUUUUCAAGCAAAUGUUGGAUGAACAUGGGCAGUCAGGACCACACGCCUCCGCAGGAGCAUCAGGAGCUGGAGACACUGCGAACGGACCCGCAGCUGCUGCCUCAGUCAUUGCUUCUGUCGGCUCGGCUGAUGACGGUCUCCAGGGAGUGUCGGUCCAUGCUCUGGUCGUGAGCCACGGCGCUUACAUACGUGUAGCCGUCAAGCACCUCGUAGAGGAUUUAAAAAGCUCUCUGCCUGCAGGGGUGAAGAUGUCCCAGCUGUUCUCACCGUGUCCUAACACAGGCAUCAGUCGCUUCGUUUUCACCCUGAGCCAGUCCGAGUCCAGCCCGGUCCUCUCUGCCGCUCGCUGCUUCUUUACCAACAGGAAGGAUCACCUGGAAAACCUCACAGCUGCUGAAUAGUGUGAAAGGGAAGACAGAAGUUUUAUGUAAUGGUACUGUUUGUGUGCACAUGUACUGUAUACAUUCUCUGACGGGAACAAUCACGAACACUAAAGGGAAAGUAAGAGGCAAAGACCUCAGAGUUACUACAGGGUAACUGAAUAAAGCAAUGCACAUGGUCUUUUAAAUAAUCACAUGGUUUUACUGAGGAUCCAUAGUCAAAAUAAGUGUGCAGUGCUGUAUUAUCAGUGUUUUAUCAUCCUUCAACUGUAGGGCAGUGAGGACUUGUGUCAUACUACAUAUAUUUUAUUAUUGUUAACAUUAUUGCCUCUUCGAUCAUGUUAUACCAAAGUCAGAACUAUUUAAUGUAUUGUUGGGCACUUAAUAUGUGUGGCAUUUUUAAGUUGAUGUCUCCUUUGUUGCUGCUCAUUUUACUUGUGCAAUACAUCAUGAAAACACUGAAUUUAUGUUAUGUUUUAUACAUACCUAUAGAUAAAAGAGAUGAAUACAGGGUUCAUAUAUGACAAAAUGCUGUGGAAGUAUAUAAAUGCAGUGUGGUCUAUUUAUUAAAUCCUGUAAUGUGUGAUCUAUAAACUGACUUUCCAUUCAACAUAAAUGCAUUUUUUAUGAUUCUGAAAUACUGGAAGGAGAGCUGUCUCCAGAUCGCUGUGUUUCAUGGUAAUGAUCAGUGGUGGAUGGAGUAUUCACAUCUUUUACUCAAAUAAUUGUAGUAAUUCUGCAGUUCAACAAUAAUCUUAUACAAAUAUGAGUCCUGCAGUCUCCAUCUUACUCAAUUAAAGUACAAAAGUG